AUCUUUCUUCCAGGUCCCGCCCCUCCCCUGGUUACCGGAAGUGUGAUGUGGCUCGUGGCGGCGCGUAACUAUGUCUGCGAUCUUCAAUUUUCAGAGUCUUCUGACAGUAAUCUUACUGCUUAUAUGUACAUGUGCAUACUUAAGAUCGUUGGCUCCCAGAUUACUGGAUAACAAUAAAACAGGAUUAUUGGGCAUAUUCUGGAAGUGUGCCAGAAUUGGUGAACGGAAGAGCCCUUACGUAGCAGUAUGCUGUAUUGCAAUGGCUUUCAGUAUUCUGUUUGUACAAUAAAAAUGGGAAAAUGUUAAGAACAUACUGCUGUCAGUUUGCAAUCAAAUAAAAGACUUUAAGAAAUAGAAGACAAAAAUUCAUUCUACACCUCAAUUUCUUUGGACAAGAAAAUUUUGUGUUUCAGUAUUUUUGGUUAAAGAGCAGUGAUGUUGGAAAAAAUACAGCUACUAAUCAAUUCUUUUGAAUGGCUAACCUUUAUUUAUGUUAAUUAUUCUAUAUUUCAGUAAAGGCUUUUUAAGAGUACAACAGUGAGUUAUGUCUGCUAAUGUUGAUUUGAUGUUAAUUCCAAAAUCCUUUUAAAUGCUUUUUAUUUAAAAGUCUUUAUUUUUUCCAUGUUGUUUUAGGAAAAAGUAUUUAAAUUAUAGACAAAAAUAAAGUAAAAUUGUAUCAUAAAGGAAAACAGAUACAGAUAGUCCUCAACUUAUAAUUAUUGAUUUAGUGAGUAUUUGAAGUUACAACAACAUGGAAAAAAAGUGAUGACUGGUCCUUACGCUUUUAACAACCUUUGCAGGAUCCCUACGGUCAGGUGAACAAAAUUCAGGCAUUUGGUAACUGGCAUCUAUUUACAACAGUUGUGGGGUCAUGUGAUUGCCAUUUGCAACCUGAUCUUCAAUAAGCAAAGUCAAUGGGGAAGCCAAAUUCAUUUAAUGAUCAUGUGAUUUCCUUAUCAACUGCUGUGAUGGCAAAAAAGUUUGUAAAAUUAGGCACAAUACACGUAACAGCAACUUUGCUUAGCAAUGGAAAUUCUGGUCCCAGUUGUAGUCAUAAGUCAAUAACUAACUACUACUGUAAGGGAGAGUUAAACUUAAAACUAUUUGGGACAGAAGAUUUCAAAUCCAUUUCAUGAUAGCUUUUGUGAUUGUUACAUCUAUAGGUUUUACACAUUAUAAAGUUCAUGCAAUAGAAAAUUUAAAAAAAACUAUUCCAUUCUAUUAUGACUUUAUUAAACAAACAUAUAUAAUACAGUCAACUGUUAAUAUUUAUGUUUCAUCUUGAAUCUGCUUUUUAGUAAACAAUUAUAUAAACUUACUUAUGGUUGUCAACUAUUCGGACUUAAAUUUCAUGCAUGUAUUUCUGUCAUCUAUUGGGAAAUGGAAUACAAUCUGGAUUUUUUUUUUAGAAACAUCCAAAUAUUGUCUUUUAAUCAUUUCACCAGUAUUUAUCAGUACUUUAUUAUAGCACUUCAAAAACUGAAAACAAUAUUAUCUUAGUGUUCGCUGAAAUUAUCUAAUCUGAUCUUUUAUUUGCCUAUUACCUAUCUAGUGUAUCAGUAUAAUUGUACAAAUACUCCUUUGACUUUUAACUUAGUUUACAAAUCACGAGAAAUGUUUUAUGAUCCUUAAAUAUAAAUUUAUACAGAUUAUGUUCUAAAUUACAGCUCUACUAUGAAACUUUUAUUAUGAAAUUGAUUUUUCAAAUUAUUACUAUACAGCUGGUCCUCAUUUAAUAAUCACUCAUUUAGCAACCAUUUUAACUUGUGAUGGCACUGAGUAGUACUUAUGGUCUGUCCUUGAAGUUCUGACCAUUGCAGUAUUCCCAUGUUACAUUAUAUAAUUUGUGACCUUCCCCAGAAGGAAGUCAGAAAUCAUAAUAAUAUGAGAUCCUUGCUUAAUUAUCUGCUGAGAUCUCAAUCAUGGUAACCGGGACUACCAGAACUGUUGUCAGUAACUAGCAAGGUUGUCCAUAUCAUUAGCAACAGAAAUUCCAGUGCCAGUUUCUGUUAUUAAACAAGGAUUACUUGUAGAUUAAUUUGAAGGAGCAUGAGAAGAAUAAAGCAAUAUUAUGAAGUAGAUAUUGUUAAACAUUGAAAAUGAUACAGUAUGGUAUUUAUUAGGAAUAUGAAGACAUUUAGCAUUUGGUAAUUUUUACACUGCAGGUAGUCUUUAGUUAACUGUUUAGUAACCAUUUGUUAUGAUGAAAAAGUACUGUAACUUUGCAACCCAUCCUCUCACUUAUAACUGUUGCAGGUGUGUAAACCAAGGGAAAGCUGAAGAUCAUUAGGGUUUUAUGUAGUGGCUGCUUCAUGUAAAUAUCAAAUUAUUGUCCCAAUUGUGGUCACUAAACAAGGAUUAUCAAUAUUAAGGUGUAAAUUUAAUUGUGAAAUUAGAGGUGUUGGGGGGGGAGUCUGCUUUGCAAACAUUGUAAAACAAUCAUGCAUGCAAUAUUUUCAAAAUAUGUAAGAAAUGAUGUAUUGUGUAGUAAGUGAUUAUAAUAAUUCUAAGGAAUAAUUGUGCUACAUGAUGCUCUUCAGAAGCUUACCAGUUUGGAGGAAUGAUAAAUUCUAUUUUAAUUUAAAGUCUGGUAAAGAAGAUAAUGAUACCAAGAACUGCUUCCUUAAAUGAUGCCUAAAUGCAAUGUUCCAUUCCAGAUAUUUAGAAGGAUUUUAAAAUAUAUUUUUCUUGAAUAAUUCAGUCUGAGAUUAGAAGAAUAUUUUACAUUCCUUGAACAGAACCUCACUGAGAAUGAGAACUCUAGAAAGACAUGGGAAGUUCAUACUGGUUAUUCCUCCCUCUCCCCCUCCUGUAUCUGUACUUUUACAUCUUAAUACUUGGAGCACAACUGUUUUAGUUGUUAAGUACUACAAUAAUCUAUUUUCACUAAAUCACCUUUUAAAAAGUUCUUUUAAAAACUAUAUUUUCAAGAGAACUGGUUUGUUUAAGUAAUGUAUCAGAAGUUCGGAAGCUAAGUGGUGGGGCGUGGGGAACACUUUCAGAACCUUCAUAACUUGCUUUCAUAUUUUCAGAUAACAAGGUCUUCUAUAGUCAUCAGUUUUUGGGAUUAUAAUCCAAACCAGCACACCUGAAAGAUGUCUGGUUUGGAUCUUACAAUAUCU